UGACUGGUAGUUUUAAUGUUCUGAUUAGCUUGAUUUUAUUGGAAUGUUGCAAGUUUCAUUAUUGUUUUGGUCAACCAAAAUCAUUAGUGUCAUUUAUUUGUGCAUUUAAGUGAAUAUGUCAGUUUGCUUGAAAUUGAAGAAUACGACCCCAGUGAUGCAAGUCUUCAGGAAGCCAUUGGGAACUCGCUGUCUGACACUACUUUUGGAACCUUGAACAAAGAUCAACCAACAAUGGAAGAAAUUAUUCAAGGGCUUAAUGAACAGAUCAUCCAUGAUGAAGUGGUUCGAUUUAAUAUAAUCAGAAGAAAUGUAUGGGAUGGUGCAGUAAGAGCAAUGAGUAGACCUAACUUUUCCCCUAACAAGACAGUUGACGUCAAGUUCACAGAUGACCAUGGAAUUUCUGAGGGGGCCGUAGACAAUGGUGGUCCCACUAGAGAAUUUUUUCGAUUAUGUCUGCAAGAAAUAAAGGAUUUUUGUGGAAUGUUUGAGGGGUCUUCAAACGCCAAGAUGCUGUCGUGCAAUUCCAGAGCUAUGAAGUACAACUGGUACUUCCUGGCAGGUCAGCUAAUGGCCAUGUCAGUUGUACAUGGAGGCCAAAGCCCUGGCUUCCUUUCUCCUGUACUUUUCAACUCGCUGGUCAGAGGUCCAGACAAUGUCAAAGUUACCAUCUCGGAUGUGCCUGAUGCUGAGACAAGCCAGACGUUGCAGUCGAUAAAAAAUGCAACCACAGAAAAGGAGCUGGAGGAGUCUGUUUCUGCAGCGUCAUGUCUGAUAAGUCUUGCAGGUUGCAGUCACAAGGUAACACUUACCAACAAAGAUGAUGUGUGCACAGAACUAGCUGAAUGGUAUAUGCUUCAGAGGACACGAGCUCCAUUUGAAAGGUUCCGUGAUGGUCUUCAGAGCUUGGGUGUGUUGGCUGCACUUCAGAAAUACCCAGAAAAGUUCCAAGAUGUGUUCAUGAAAGCAACCAAACCUCUAACUGCUGCAGCUGUUGAGCUUCUCUUCAGGUGCAAACUGCCAGAAAGGGGCAGUAACAGAUUUGAGGCACAGUGUCGCACCUUGGGAUACUGGCGAGAUUACCUCCAGGAUGCUGAGGGUAAGAUCAUCUUUGAACAGAGUUGACCCAUUAUGAUUUUUUUGUGAUUUUUAUUGGAUUUUAUCA